AUGUUCAUUUAUUGUUUCUCCUUGUUUACUCUUAUAAUGUCAUGGAUUGGAGUGUCGGCUGAAGAGGAAGUGUCAUCUCCGCUACGAGUAGCACAGUGUAGAGCUACAUGUUUACAGAAGUUCGCGGCGCCUCGGCCCAGCGGGGAGUCAUCGUGUUUGCAAAACCCCGACUGUUUUAUGUGCUGGGAAAACUGUGAACUACUGCAGUCCAACUACCAAGUGUGGGGAGCGAUCUGCGAAGAAAGAGACAUUUGCUUCCCUGGUUGCAAAAUCGCCUGUGAAUUCCACGCGGAAGCGGCACGUGCAUCUCAAACUCAACCAGUCAUUCACACAAAGGGCGAAGGGGUCAUGCGUGUGAGUGGUGCACUUGCCCGCUGGCCACCGCCUGCUCCCCGGGCCGCCUCUCGUCCUACACCUUUCGUCUACGUCGUUAUGCGUCGUGCUGCUGAAGGUCCUUGGCGACAGAUCAUACAAACACAAGCAUUAGCUACACGUGUUCCAUCAAAUAAUGAAGGAGCUCUUUUACGUGUGCUUGUUGUAGAUCCCCUAGGUCUAGUCACUAUUUAUAGUCCAGAUGAAACUUGGGUAGCUCACGACACGAAUACUUCUAACCAUGAUGAGCAUAAGUGGACUUUGAAAGAGAUUUCUCUCAUUCAUCAAAAAGUACUCGUUAUUGGUGAAAUCGCCUGGGAACCAAGAAUAGCUCGUGGUGUAUACUUAGUAACUUGGGAAGUUGACGGCGGAGGUCUAAAAGGAAAUCUAUUCACAGACUCUACAAGAGUCACUCUGUCGUUGUGGCCAGAUACGAUUUAUCACAUACAAGUGGAACUUGUUUCUCGAACUCCUGGCGUCGACAAUGAGCGAUCAGAAACGAUGACUAUUGAUACCAGUAGAGCGCAACGUGUUUCGACCGAAAGCGUCCAGGACGUUCAAGUUAGUGAGGGUGACCGAUUGAUGUCUGUUCUAGUAAGCUCUAUGAGGGGAGAGAGAGUACCAGAACGGUCUCCCGAUUCGGAGCUAGUACUUGGGUGCUUAUCAGCUAUGAUAGCAUUUGGAUUAGCCGUGCUGGCUGCAAUUCUAUGGAGACGGAGACGACGCGGCACGUUCCCUGGGACCAACGUUUAUGUCGGUUCAUCUUCUGUGUUAAAGAGAAAGCUUGUUGAAGAUUUCGUUCCAGCAGCACACUGUUUCCAGCCUGUUCUAGUACCUGAAACAGCUAACAAUGAAUCGGUACCUCGUGAUGUAGUUGUGUGA